AUGGACACCUCUACCCAGGACAGCCGGUCCGACAAGGACAAAAAAAACAAUGUCGACCAUAUUGAAAAGACCGCCCCUGAAAAGAUCGACACCACCCAUACCGAUGAGGCGAUGAAAGUGCUGGCCGGCUACACCGGCGAUGAGUCGUGGGAGCCCAGCGAUGAAAGGCGUCUGGUCCGGAAAGUUGACUGGAGGCUGCUUCCAUUGCUAUGCAUGACAUAUGGGCUGCAGUACUAUGACAAGGCCAUGCUGUCCCAGGCUGCUUUAUUCGGACUGCGUGAGGACUUGGGUCUGCUUAUCGGUGACCGUUAUGCUAUGUCUGCGGCCAUCUUCUAUCUAGGGUUCAUUGUCGGCGCGUACCCUACUAUGGCUCUCGCGCAGAGAUACCCCAUCCACCAUGUGGCCUCGCUCACGGUUACAAUUUGGGGGAUUUGUCUCAUCUUGACACCGGCGUGCCACAACUAUCAGUCUCUGUAUGCCCAGCGCUUCUUCCUCGGGGUGCUGGAGAGCGGCAUCAGUCCGAUGUUUAUGAUGAUUGUGGGUGGCUGCUGCACCGGAUACGUCAGCAUCUUCUCGCCCCUCGUCAACUACGGACUCGGCCACAUCAAGGGCUCGCUGUCCUCCUGGAAAUACAUGUAUCUCUUCGCCGGCGCUCUCACCAUAGUAUGGGGCAUCAUCCUCAACUUCGUCCUUCCACCCGACCCCGUGAGCGCCCGCGGCUUUACUGACCGUGAGCGCUACAUCUCUGUCGCGCGUCUACGAACCAAUAACUCCGGUGUACGCAACACCCACUUCAAGAUGGGCCAGGUCGUUGAGUUACUGCUGGAUUUGAAAUUCUGGCUGAUAUUCUUCACGGCCUUCCUUGCCAUGAUUGCCAACGCACCGAUCUCCACCUUUACUCCGAUCAUUAUCAAUUCCUUCGGUUUCAGUACUCUCCAUUCCCUCCUUCUGGUCAUUCCCUCGGGCUUCUAUGGCGGAACCAUGAUGCUGCUCAUGCCGUAUCUUUCCUACAAGUUUACUACCAAGAACAUUCGUUCAUGGCUGGUAAUUGGAUGUCAGAUGGUUACCAUGGUUGCAGCAUUGCUUCUACUGCUCCUCCCUCUAAACGAAACCGGUGGUCUUCUUUUCGCCUGCUAUAUCAUGCCGACAAUGGGCGCAGGCUAUGCGGUGCUCAUGGGCCUACAGAUCGCCAAUAUCGCAGGUUAUACAAAGCGAUCUCUUUCUUCUUCGGGACUCUACAUUGGUUACUGUCUUGGCAAUUUUGUGGGACCUCUGUGUUUCAGAGAACAGGAUUCUCCGCGCUAUGUGCCGGGAUUCAUAGUCACCGUUGUGACCACUUUUAUCGCUGCAGUUCUGGUGCUCGUCUACCGUAUGAUCUGCCUCUGGGAUAAUCGUCGCAGGGACGCUACUGGGGUUCUCGAAGGAUUCGAGCACGCGUAUGAAGAUGAUUUGACUGACAAGACGAAUCCUCAAUUCCGGUACACUGUUUAA